CGCUUGCCGCUGGGGCUUCGUUUGAUGGGGGCUCUUCCUGUCUGGUUUCUUGCUGCUGUCAACUGGCUAGAAGAGCAUGUUGCUUCUUCUUUUUCUUUCGGGUUUACAAGGCAGGACAAACAAGCAGAAGAGGCGGCGCAGCCCCUUAAACGCAGCACUUUGCUGUUUCUGCUGCAGCAGCGGCAGCUGCACAAUGCGAAGUAUACGCUGCACCUCAUUGCCCCAGACUCAGGCCUUUCGGAACCUUCUCUGGGCUUCGUUACUCUCAACGGCCACCCUCUCGGUGAUUACGUCGUCUCAGCUGCCUUAGUUGAAGGCGGAGCGAGAGAAGCGCGAAUGCCCAUCCCUCCAGACUUUCUUAUAGAGGGCCUGAACGUCAUCAACAUUGUAGAUAUGCUGGGGGCCCGCCUAAAGGAUGUCUUCAUUCGAGAGGUACCUUAA